AGCAGCCGCCGCAGCUUCUCUAAGCUGGUGCAACUAGGACCAGCUUGCGGGACAGAAUCCGGCCAAGACAUGCUUGGGCUUACACAGCAUGCUCAGAAAGUUUGGAGAAUGAAGCCCUUCAGUCCUGAGGUUUCCCCAGGCUCAUCCCCUGCCACCGCAGGCCACCUGCUUCGCAUCUCUACUCUCUUCCUGACUUUGCUCGAGUUGGCCCAAGUCUGCAGAGGUUCCGUGGUAUCCAACCGGCCAUUCAUCACUGUUUGGAAUGGAGACACUCAUUGGUGCCUGACGGAGUAUGGAGUGGAUGUGGAUGUCAGUGUCUUCGAUGUGGUUGCCAACAAGGAGCAGAGUUUCCAAGGCUCUAACAUGACAAUUUUCUACAGAGAGGAAUUGGGCACCUACCCCUACUAUACACCCACAGGGGAACCCGUAUUUGGUGGUCUGCCCCAGAAUGCCAGCCUGGUUACCCACCUUGCUCACACAUUCCAGGACAUCAAGGCUGCCAUGCCUGAACCUGACUUCUCAGGACUGGCAGUCAUUGAUUGGGAGGCUUGGCGCCCACGGUGGGCCUUCAACUGGGACAGCAAGGACAUUUAUCGGCAGCGCUCAAUGGAACUGGUCCAGGCAGAGCACCCUGAUUGGCCAGAAACUUUAGUGGAGGCAGCAGCCAAAAACCAGUUCCAGGAAGCUGCAGAGGCCUGGAUGGCAGGCACCCUCCAACUGGGGCAGGUACUGCGUCCCCGUGGCCUCUGGGGCUACUAUGGCUUCCCUGACUGCUACAACAACGACUUUCUAAGUCUCAACUACACAGGCCAGUGCCCAGUAUUCGUCCGUGAUCAGAACGACCAGCUAGGGUGGUUGUGGAACCAGAGCUAUGCCCUUUACCCCAGUAUUUAUUUGCCUGCAGCACUGAUGGGCACAGAGAAGUCACAGAUGUACGUUCGACACCGUGUGCAAGAGGCGCUCCGUGUGGCUAUAGUUUCCAGAGACCCCCAUGUGCCCGUAAUGCCCUACGUCCAGAUCUUCUAUGAAAUGACAGAUUAUCUUCUGCCCCUGGAGGAACUGGAGCACAGCCUGGGGGAGAGUGCAGCCCAGGGAGUGGCAGGAGCAGUGCUCUGGCUAAGCUCAGACAAAACAAGUACCAAGGAAUCAUGCCAGGCCAUUAAAGCAUACAUGGAUUCCACACUUGGGCCCUUCAUCGUGAACGUGACCAGUGCAGCUCUUUUGUGCAGCGAAGCUCUGUGUUCCGGCCAUGGUCGCUGUGUCCGCCAUCCAAGUUAUCCUGAGGCUCUCCUCACCCUCAACCCUGCCAGUUUCUCCAUUGAGCUAACACAUGAUGGCAGGCCCCCGAGCCUCAAGGGUACCCUCUCACUUAAGGACCGGGCGCAGAUGGCUAUGAAAUUCAGGUGCCGAUGCUACCGUGGAUGGAGAGGCAAGUGGUGUGACAAGCGGGGUAUGUGAUGAUUAGCUGCACCCAACUGCACACACUGAACACCUGACAUACCCAGGGCCUACCUAGGACUUCCUCAAAUACAGUCACAUGCCCAUAAGUCACAGGAGUACACUCCACCACUGACAUGGCCACAGGCACAUAGGCACAGUCACGGGAAUAGUCACAUAGUGAAUCAGAGUUUAGGACAGGCACUAUCCAUUCUGAGCCUAGAAGGACCUAAUUGUCAGCAGGAUCACAGGCAGUUCCUCCAGAAUCUAUGAGUCAGCAGACACAAAAGCUGGCAUUUGCCAUAUGUCAGCUCUGUGCCAAGCCCUAUGCUAAUAAGCAAGCACUAGAAGUGGGCUAACUCAUUCAGUCUUUGCAAUGGACAUGCAGGGAAGCUGAGCCUUUUUCAUUCACUUACCUCACACAAGCUACCCAGCCACUGAGGGUUGCCCAGCAAGAAGAGACAAGCAAGGCCAGGCAUGGAUGAUGCACACCUUAGAUCCCAGUACUUGGGAGGCAAGGCCAGCCUGGUCUACAUAUUGAGCUCCAGGACAGCCAGGACUACACAGAGAGACACUGUUGGCGCAUGCCUUUAAUCCCAGCACUUGGGAGGCAGAGGCAGGCCAAUUUCUGAGUUUGAGGCCAGCCUCGUCUACAGAGUGAGUUCCAGGACAGCCAGGGCUACACAGAGAAACCCUGUCUCAAAAACAAAAAAAACAAACAAAAAAAACCAAACAAACAAAAAACAAAACAAAACAACCAACCAACCAGGAGAGAUGCAUUUUGAAAUCUAGGCUAUCUAGCUCCAAAGAUAGAACCUUGCACACCUACUGCAUGCUGAUGGUACCCUCAGAGGGCUGGGGAAACACAAGCAUCACUCUAUAGGAUCCCUGAAUCUGCUCAGAGUACUAGCAUCACUCAACCCGGCAAACAAAGCUGUCUUAUAUUACUUAGCUGUUUAAUUAGCUCCUAAAAUAGGCAGGUCUCAGAACCCAGAAGGCACUGGAAAGGCUCUAUACUUUCAUCCAAUUGUGUUGUCUGAAGACGACUGCUUUCCAUGAUCAGGAGGAAGUUCCACCUGAUCAGGCCAUUUCCACCAACCCACGAGGACUGGAGACCCUACAAGAGCGGAAACAAAGUGAAACUCUCAUUUCUUUGAGCCUGGAGCUAGGAGAGGGGCAGGCGGAGCUGAACACAGGCAAGCUGCUAGAAGCCGGCUAGAGCCAAGAGGAGGCGGAGCCAACGAAAGGAAACUACGGGCCUAGUUGCCAGUCACCACCGGAAGGGAAGAAGCCAGGGACAGAAUGGGCCUACAGGAGUUCUGUUGUGACGCUCAGAACCAGGGGCGGGGUGUCUAGGUAGGGACGUUCCGGGCGGGCACUGAGAACUUAGGAGGAGGUGCUCUGUCUCCUGCGAAGACUGCAGUGAGUCCUCCGUACUGCUGGGACCAGCGUAGGCAGACCGAGGAGUUGGAGCCAGAGACAGCGAGUUACCCGACCGAGCGCAGGCAGGACGUGGAUCAUCCCGGAAUUCGGCUUUAACAUGUCAGUAUCACCCUCA